AUGGGUGAGAGAGUGGAGCGAAACACGGUGAGGUCUGAUGAGGGUGAUGCAGGGUGGACGGAGGUGGGGGGACGGAGAGUAUCUAGGGCUAGAGUUCGGUGGGAUCAUGUGGGGGGAAAAAGGCUAUUUCCAAAACGCUCGUCAACGUCUUUUUUCUUCACGUCCUUUCCAGAGAAGAUGAAGGCUAGAGACCUGUAUGAAGUGUUCAAGGUUUAUGGGGAGAUAGAUGAGGUUAUAAUACUAGGGAAAAGGGACAAAUCCGGCAAGAAAUUCGGCUUUGUUCGUUUUUUCGAUGUUGUGGAUGCUGACAUUCUAGCAGUGAAGCUGGAUAAUAUUUUCAUAGGCAAACAGAAGUUGUUCGUCAACUUCCCUCGUUUUCAUAGGGGUAAGGAGGUGAAACAAGGUACGUUAGCCAAAGAGACAAGUACUGAUGAGAAUCCAAGCAAGAGGUUCCAUAGAGGAGUGAAGGAGGGAACUCGCGAUGUGCAAGGUGUGUCCCAAGAUAGAACAUAUGCGGCGGUGACUCGUAUUACGGCCGGUCCGGCCUUACCUCGUCAACAGUACCUGGAAUAUGUGUGUGAUACGUCAUUGGUGGAACAAAGAUUCAACAGAGCCUUUGUUGGGAAGGUUAGAGAGGUGGGCAUGACUUACAACAUUCAGGAUCUGUUUGAUAUGGAAGGAUUCUUUGGGGUGAAAGUUACAGCUCUAGGAGCGAAUUUGUGUCUUUUGGAAGAUAGGGAGGUGGGAGCAGUGGGGAAACUAUUGGAGUUUGAUAGAACGUGGGUGGAUAGAUGGUUUUCGGAGAUCAAGAAGUGGGACAAAGAGGUAUUCGAUGGUGAAAGGGUGACGUGGGUGAGAUUGUUUGGGCUUCCUUGUCUUUUCUGGAACAAUUCUUUCUUUGAGUUUAUCACAAAACCAGUUGGGGUGUUCAUAAGACCAGAUGCAAAUACCUUGGAUCAGUCACGUUUGGAUGUGGCACGGUUUCUGAUUCGAACUCGAUGUGCAGCUGGGAUUGAUGAGAUCUUCAACGUGAAACUCAAUGGUGUUCCUGUGAGAUUGAAGAUGGUAGAAGACGCACAGGGGCCGAUUAGGGUUUUAUCUUCAUCUCUAGAUCAUCCUUCUUCUGAAUCAGAAGAGGUUGAUUCUGAUUUAGAGAUGGAUGGAGGUUCAGAGGGUGGUGUUCCGGUCAACUUGACGGAGCCGGAGAUAGGAGGGGAAGAGUCGCUCGGAGAGGUGGCGUUGUCUGUUAUGGCAGAAGGAGACAAAACAGAUGCUUGCAUGGAAAUGGAUUCGGCGGGUUUGGUGAGCUGA